AGCAGCUUGACCUAAUUGCGGAACAGUCAAACUCAUCGUCAACCCACGUAACUCGACCCUAAAAACUUCUCUAAUCCGUUUCACUCCAAACUCCAUACUCAAAAUCGCGCUUUUCUUCUCCCCUAAUUCCCUCUCUCGUUCACUCCCCUUCUCCCGUCUCCAAAAAUCCCCGCACUCAAAUUUCUCUUUCCUAGGGUUUUAUUUCUUCGACCAUAAACCCACCGUCAAUGGCGGAAGUCAUGAACAUGCCGGUCGAAUCCCUCGACACUCGCCGCCCUAGCAAAGAAAAACCUUCCGACGAACAUCAUCGUAGCGACGACAAUAACAAAUCUUCUCCAUCUCCUCCACGCCGCCGUGAUCGCGAUUCUCGCGAGCGAAGAGACGAUAGAGAUUUUGAUCGUCGUCCUCAUCCUCCUCGAUAUUACGACCACAUUCAUCGAAGAGGAGGCAGAGAUUAUAACAAUAACAAUUAUAAUAAUAAGCGUAAUUCUUCUCCUCCUCCCCAACAUUAUCGAGGCCGUGAUUAUCAUCGUCGUAAUAAUUUUUCUCCUCCCUCGAGAAGGUCCUCUCCACCUCAUCAUCCUCCGUUUAAGCGCUCAAGGCGAGAUGAUGGAGGCUAUGAUGGUCAACGUGGUAGUCCUCGCGGUGGUGGGUAUAGGGGCGGUGAUCGUAGGUUUGGCUAUGAUUAUCCUGGAGGAUAUGAUCGUGAAAUAGGGGGCAGGUCGGGUUAUGCUGAUGACAGGCCUCAUGGUCGUUUUCGUUCUGGUGGAUUUCCUGGUGGCCCAUCUGAUUGGGAGGCGGGACGUGGUGGCUAUACUGAUGCGUCUACUGCUGGCAAUGCUCAGAGAACUUUUUCCAGAGAAGGUUUGAUGACCUACAAGCAGUUUAUUCAGGAGCUUGAAGACGAUGUAUUACCAGGAGAAGCUGAGCGUAGGUAUCAGGAGUACAAAUCAGAGUACAUUUCUACUCAAAAGCGUACAUACUUUGAGGCUCACAAAGACGAAGAAUGGUUGAGGGACAAGUACCACCCUACAAAUUUGCUGAAUGUCAUAGAAAGGAGGAAUGAAUUUGCACGCAAAGUUGCUAAAGAUUUUUUGUUGGACUUGCAUAGUGGGAGCCUUGAUAUGGGUCCAGGUGCAAAUGCCUUGUCCAUUAAUAAAUCUGGCCAGACUAGUGAACCAAACUCUGAAGAUGAGGCAGAUGUUGGUGGUAAAAGGAGGCGUCAUGGUCGAGUUCAGGCGAAGGAUUCUGAUAUGUCAGCUGCAACCAAGGCACACCCUGUUAGUUCUGAUCCAAGAAGAAUUCAAAUUGAUGUUGAACUAGCUCAAGCUCUUGUCACAAAACUUGACUCUGAAAAAGGAAUUGAGGACAACAUCUUAUCUAAAGAUGAUACUGACAAAAUGAAUAGAGAGAGAUCUCAUAGUGGAUCAAUUGGUCCAGUUAUUAUUAUCCGAGGAUUAACUUCUGUCAAGGGCCUUGAGGGCGUUGAGCUUCUGGAUACACUUGUGACUUACCUUUGGCGUGUUCAUGGUGUAGAUUAUUAUGGCACAAUUGAAAUUGCAGAACCUAAGGGCCUGCGGCAUGUGAGAGCAGAGGGAAAGAGUUCUGAUGCGUCUAGUAAUGCAGUAGAAUGGGAAAAGAAAGUUGAUUCUUAUUGGCAGAACAGGAUGCAGACUCAGGACCCACUUGAGGUCAUGACUGCAAAGGAAAAGAUAGAUGCUGCUGCUGUUGAAGCUUUGGAUCCGUUUGUUAGAAAAAUUAGGGAUGAAAAGUAUGGGUGGAAGUAUGGUUGUGGGGCUAAGGGCUGCACAAAGCUGUUUCAUGCUGCUGAAUAUGUCCACAAGCAUUUGAAACUUAAACAUGUGGAACUCGUGAUGGAACUUACAUCCAAAGUGCGAGAAGACUUGUACUUCCAGAAUUACAUGAAUGACCCCAAUGCCCCUGGUGGGCAGCCUGUUAUGCAGCAAUUUGUGCCGACGGACAAACUGCAGAGAAGGAGAGCAGGUACAGAAAACCGCCUGAAAGAUGAACGAGGCAACCGCAGAGAACGAGAUUGGAAUGGUGUUGAGAGAUUUGAAAAUCAAGAGAACCCACAGGCUGAUUUACCACCCAGUAAUAAUAAUGAUGCAGACAAGGGCAACCCUGAAGAACCAAAUUUUGAAAAUUUUGGCGGACAAGGCGUGCAUGUUGCGCCAUUUGCCCCUGAUAUCGCACCCCCACCUGUGUUGAUGCCUGUUCCUGGUGCCGGACCCUUAGGACCAUUUGUGCCAGCCCCGCCUGAGGUUGCAAUGCGAAUGCUACGUGAGCAACCUACUCCGUUUGAAGGGCCAGGGAGAAAUGUGAGAGCUGCUCCUCCACUUAUUUUACCGCCGUCUUUCCGGCAGGAUCCUAGACAUCUGCGAAGUUACCAUGAUUUGGAUGCGCCAGAUGAUGAAGUCACUGUUAUUGACUACCGGAGUUUAUGAGUGAUGACAUCAACAUGUUGCCAUUUGAAACACUUGUGACUUGCCUGUGCUUGUGCUGUACGGAUUCGCAUAAAUCAUUACUACAUUUUUUUAUUGCAUUCGCAAAUUAAUUUUGUUACCCUUUUUAAUUUGGUUGUGACGUCAGAGGUAGAUAAUUCAGAUAGCUGAACGCUCUUACAUUUAUGGACUAAUUUUUGUGUAGUAAUUCCAUGUUUUGUUCAUCCUUCAAUUUAUUUAAUGUGUGGAAUUAGUAAAGGAUGAUUUUUCUUUAUUUUUAUUCUAGUUGGAAUUAUUAGAGAAUAACCAACUGUAAGACUAUUUGUCUAUCAAUUUUGUAGUUGAGAAUUAUAUCAGAUGAUGGUAUUUUGUAUAUAUUAACUAGAAUGAAAAUUAAUAUAUAGCAAAUACAACAGAAUUAUAAAUAGUGCAAGUACGAUAAUCAAAGGAAAAUUUACUUAUAAAAAUCUCACCAUUGGUAUCUGUUGUAUAAAAAUUCGACCUUAUGGUUAUUUUGGAAUAAUA